AGGAGUUUUCGCGUUGGCAGCCCUGAUCAGUUUAGUGUUCUGCUUUAUUUCUUGUGUUUGUUACUUCAUUAGUCUAAAGGCUUCCGUACUCAUGUAAAAGUUAACACAAUUUACGCCGUGGGAUCAGUGUUAAAAGGAUAAACUUUUUUCUAAAAAAAAACAAAAAAGGGCACGGGCAGUCUGUUCGACUUAACCGGUUAGGUUUAGACCAGGGGCGAGGUUUGUUAUUGUUUCGUUAUUUACCCCCGUAGUCUCCGCGUGUGUACGGAAGAGGGUUGAUAGAAUAAGUCUCGAGAGUCGACGAAAACAAAAAAAAGUCGAAGAGGAAAGAAAAAACAAAACACACACAAACAGAAAACCAUCUCGAGCUCACAUCAUGUCCGGAAGAAACGAAUGCAGGAUUUACGUUGGGAAUCUCCCGCCUGAUAUUCGAACAAAAGACAUCCAAGACCUUUUCUACAAAUUUGGUAAAGUGACGUUUGUCGAUCUUAAAAACCGUAGAGGGCCACCUUUUGCUUUCGUCGAGUUCGAAGACGGCAGGGAUGCUGAAGAUGCGGUUCAUGCCAGAGAUGGCUAUGAUUAUGAUGGAUACAGGUUGAGGGUUGAAUUUCCACGAGGUGGAGGACCAAAUGGGUAUAGGGCACGUGGCGGCAGCAUGGGUAGUGGCCUUGUCGGCCGUGGAAGAGGCCCGCCCGCUCGUCGUUCUCAAUAUCGCGUAAUGGUUACAGGUUUGCCACCGAGUGGAAGUUGGCAAGAUUUAAAAGAUCACAUGAGAGAGGCAGGUGAUGUAUGUUUCGCCGAUGUAUUCAAGGAUGGCACUGGCGUUGUUGAGUUUCUUAGAUAUGAUGAUAUGAAAUAUGCAUUUAAAAAAUUGGACGAUUCUCGUUUCCGCUCGCAUGAGGGUGAGACAUCUUACAUACGGGUUAAAGAAGAUUAUGGAAGUUACGGACGCGAGAGUGCUGACAGGAGUAGUGAUGGCAGAGGUGGACGAUCUAGGAGCAGGAGUUACUCCCCAAAACGAAGAGGCACCCCCACAUAUUCUCCUGGUGAAACAUCCUACGUUCGUGACAAAGAGGAUGAGAGCGGCGCCUAUGGAAGAGAUAGCAUGGAUAGUAGUUACGACAGAGGUGGAAGAUCUAGGUCUAGGAGCCGGAGCUACACACCGAGGAAGAAGGGGAUAUCGCCUAGGCCGAGGAGAAGUUAUUCUUCCGCGUCCGGCUCUCGAUCUCGUUCACGCUCUAGGUCUUAAUGUGACGCCCACAGAUUUAUUAUUUUGCUUAUAUCAUAUAUUCGUUCAAUUAUGUGGUUGGCCAUUAGACUGGACAUUUUUUGAAAGUUUGAUUAGCACUUUAUUUUAGUUUUCAAUUUUUUUUUUUUAAAUUGUAAGUGAUUGAAUUGACUUGUGCUAUUUGUAAUGAUAACAAUACUAUCAAUUAAAACAUAAUUGUGGAA